AUUUGAGGCAGUGAAUAAUCAUUUUUGGGGCAAAGUUAAAUGAGUUUUCUCUGUGAUAUAUUGAUUUUUGAGUAGCAUAAAAAAAUAACCUAGUGUUUUAAAAUUUCCAUGAUCUAAGUAUGAAAUCUCAUCACCGAAGAUAUUUCAUAUCCCGAAGUUUUAUCAUACAACACCGGGCCACGCAUGCGCAGUAGGGAGACAACGUUUUUUUCUGAGAGGCGGAAAAAAAAGUAGCGAUUAUCGCUAGUUUGGUUACAAAAGUAACGAAGAUACCGAUAUAUAUUUAAAUAAGUAGCGGAUGGUCGAUAAUCCGAUUUUGUUAUCAACGAUAAAGUAUCGCGAUAACUUAUCGCGAUAACGCCCAGCUGUGGAAAAGAACAUAAGAAGCCUGCAAGAUAUAGGUAAAAAGAUGACACAGAAAAAGAGGAAACAGAUAAAAAAACAUGACACACGGAAAAGAUGAAAUAUAAAGACGGAAACAAAACACAAGAGGGAAAAUGUAUAGAGAAAAACCUGACAUAGGGAGAAGAACACCGCCCCCAAGCCAGCGCCGCGGCCACCCCUCCGGACGCGGCACAAUCAGCUGUUUGACAGGAGAGAGCAAACAGACGGUAUUUUUCUAACAUUUUUGCACAUUUCCGGUGUUGAUCGCCUCGCCAUGGCUCUCCGCUGAGGCCUGCCAGUCUGCCAUGGAGGGAGUGGAGCGCUUCUCCCUGUUGUUACUUGAGGCCGGAGAGAUCUACUUUGAGGACUAUGCAGCCGUCUAUAUCCUGCCGAAGGAGAGACCGGCAGCGGCGGCGGCGGGGAACGAGGAAAGCUGGGAGGACAAGUUUGAGGAGGGGAUCAUCAGGGGCCGCCUCAAGGUGUGCUCCAAGUCGCUGGUGUUUGACCCCCGGGACCUCCGCGCCCCCAUCAUCAAGUUCCCGUACCGAGGGCUGGAGGCCGUGGAGGAGUCGGUGACGUCCCACAGCAACGACUUCAUGCAAAAUGGUGAGGAGGUUGUGAAGGUGGUGGAAGCGCGCAGCAGCCUGACCGUGGAGAUGCUGGAGAAGGGCAUCUUGCAGCCGUACAAGUUCUGCAGGGAGGCUCGCACCCACCAGUUCCAGUUGGUGUACGUUGAGGUUAGCGCUGUGCUGCCCCAGAUAUCCCAGCUGCACCGCGCCUCAACGCUGCCGCCCAACGACCAGAAUACCAUGGUCCAGGCAAUCGUGCGGUCCAGGCAGCAGCGGAAGAGGUUCGACCGAGCACUUCUGACGGACAUCUCGGAGCAUGAGGUGUACGAAGGGUUGGCCAGCAAGGUGACGCCGCUGGUGACCAACCCUGGGACUGUGCUGGUGACCGACGCCAUGCUCUACUUCCAGCCACACAACAACGCCGAGAAGCAUCCAGUAAUUAGGAUCGGCCUGCCGGAGAUUCAGCAGGUGAUCAAACGCCGCUACCUGCUGAGACAAGUGGGCCUGGAGGUGUUCUGCCGGGAGCACUGCAUGGUGAAGCAUCUGUUCCUGGUGUUCAAGAAGUGCGAGGAGCGCGACCUCUUGCAUGACCUGCUUGUGAGUGACCCCACCGUGAGCCUCGACCAGCAGGCCCAGGACAACAUGACCUUCCAGUGGCAGGCCGGAGCCGUGUCCAACUAUGACUACCUCUCCUACCUCAACAGCCAGGCCGACCGCAGCGAGAAUGACCUGACCCAGUACCCGGUGUUCCCCUGGGUGCUGGCUGACUAUGUGAGCGGUGACCUUGACCUCAGCGACCCAGGGGUGUACCGCGACCUGACCAAGCCUGUGGGGGCGCUGAACGAGGAGCGGCUGACCCGACUCAAGGAGCGUUGCCAGGACAUGCCUGAGCCGCGGUUCCUGUAUGGCUCGCACUACUCCACACCGGGCUUUGUGCUCUACUACCUGGUCCGCCAGCACCCCCAGUACAUGCUGUGCCUUCAGAACGGACGCUUUGACCACCCCGACAGAAUGUUCAACAGCCUGCAGGAGACUUGGAACAACGUCACCACCAACCCCUCGGACUUCAAGGAGCUCAUCCCCGAGUUCUACAACCCCGACGCACCGCCGCACUUCCUCACCAACGGCCUCAGGAUCAACUUUGGGGUGCGGCAGAACGGGAAGCCGGUGGGCGACGUGGAGCUUCCCCCCUGGGCUGACGGAGACCCGGCGAGAGUGACGAGGGUGCUCCGCGAGGCGCUGGAGAGUGAGGUGGUGUCGUCGCGGCUGCACCACUGGGUCGACCUGGUGUUUGGGUGCAAGCAGCGCGGGGACGAGGCGGAGAAGGCGGACAAUGUCUUCUACCACCUUUGCUACGAGGGGGCCAUCGACCUAGGGGCCAUCACAGACCUCAACGAGCGACUGGCGGCCGAGGUUCAGAUCACGGAGUUCGGCCAGGUCCCCAAACAGCUGUUCCACCGCCCCCACCCUGCACGCACCCGCUCCUACGGCCUCUACCCCCCCGCGGCUCUCUCCCAGGGCUGCGGCGACUCUCCCCCUGAGCCCCCUGUGGACUGUGAGGAAGAGGGUGCCAAGGGAGUGCUGGGGGGCCUGUGGGGGUGGGCGGCAGAGCUGGCACGGCUGGGGGAGGUGAGGGCCCACAGGGAGAGUGUGAUGGGCGUGGCGUUCACCAGCGACAGCCUGACGGUCAUGAGUGUGGGGAGAGACACACUCGCCAAGCUGCACAGUCUGCCCUCUCUCAAGCAGGUCCGCAGCGUGAGGGUGGGGCCCAUGGCUGCGUCCUGCUGCCAGCACGUCCCCGGCACCAAGACUGUGCUCAUCGGCUCCUGGGACAACAACGUCUCCCUCCCCCCAACAGGUUCUCUGGACUGCACAGUGCGCGUCUGGUCCCUGGAAGUCAGCCGCUCCAGCGAGAGUGUGAUGGGCAGCAUAUCCGCCGGGCACAACAUCCUGCAGGAGAUGGACCACGACUCCCCGGUGCUCUGCCUGGCCCUGCACCCCUCCGCCCCACUCCUGGCAGCGGGCACGGAGGAGGGCUGCGUCGUGCUGUGGAGUGUGACCAGCGGGGAGUGCCUACAUGUCCUGCAGUGUCACGAGGGGAGAGUGUGGGCGGUGGCGUGGGCAGCGGCAGCAUCUGAGGUGGCGGCUGAAGAUGCUGAGCGGCGGCUGUUGACGGCUGGGGAGGACGGGCAGCUGACCAUUGUGGCGGCUGAGCAGGGCAGCCGCCUAUGUGUGCACAGCUUGGACCAGCCUGUCAGGUGUGUGGCGUGGGACGGGCAGCGGCUGGUGGUGUGUGGCGGGGGCGGGGGGCAGCUGCUGCUCUUUGACAUGGGGGCUGGCAAGCUGCUGGCCACGUGGGCGGCGCAUGAAGGUCCGGUGGUCAGCGUCGCCGUGAGUCCUGACCUGCAGCACAUAGUCACUGGCGGCGAGGAUCGGAGACUCAUGCUGUGGGGUCAGGCCUCGCGCUGACCCCACGCCGACCCCACACCACCGCUGCCUGAAUGAGCCUUGACCUCCGACCUUCGACCCUGGACCGUGGCAUCCCCUCCCCUCCCCCUCCCUUCUCCCCAAGGUUAGGUUAGGUUAGGUUAGUUGAGGUUGAUCUGAGCUUUAGUGGAGGUUUGAUUUGAGUUGACCUCCGACCUUGUGAUAUUCCUGACCUCCUGUAUCUUGUUUUCCUUCUAUUUUUCUUUUUAUUCUUUUCCUUUCUUGUUUUUUUUCUGUAUUGUUCAUUUUUUCUGUUUCUUUCAUUCUCACUUUUUUUUUAAUCGAUUUCCUAUUGUAUGUUUUUUUUCUAUCUUUCAAUCUUCAUUUAUCAAUAUUUCUAUCUUUUCUUUUCUUUUCAUAUUUUUUUCUAUUGUUUUCUUUCUCAUCUUUUCCCUUUUUGUAUUUUUCGUGAUCUUUUCCUGUCUUGUUUUCCUUCUGUCUUUCAUUCUUUAUUUUUUGUUUGUUUUUCUCUGCCUCUCAUUUUCUUUCCUUGGUGGUGACUUUUUUUCCAGUCUUCAUUUUUUGCCUUUAUUUCAUUCUUCCACAUUCCUUCCUGCGUUUCUUCUUCCUUCCUUCCCUUCUUCAUUUAUAUCUUCCUUCCUUAUUUGCUUUUUCUUCCUUCCCAUCCCUUUCCUUCUCUUCCCUUUCCUUUCCUUCCCUUUCCUUUCUUUCCUUCCUUUCCUUUUCCUUCCCUUCCCUUCCCAUCCCUUCCCUUCCUUCCCUCCUACCUUCCUUCCUUCUUUCUCCUCUUCCUUCCUUCCUUCCCUUCCCUUCCCUUCCCUCUCCUUCCUUCCCUUUCCUUCCCUCUCCUUCCAUCCCUCCUAUCUUCCUUCAUUCUUUCUCUUCUUCCUUCCUUCCUACCUUCCCUUCCCUCUCCUUCCUUCCCUCCUAUCUUCCUUCAUUCUUUCUCUUCUUCCUUCCUUCCUACCUUCCCUUCCCUUCCCUUCCUUCCUUUCUUACUUCUUUUCUCCCUUCCUAUUUUUCUUCCAUCCUUCCUUCCUUCCUUCCUUCCCUCUCCUUGGUUGUGUCACAGUUAUUUUCAUUAUUAUUACUAUCAUCAUCCUUAUUACUGUCAUUUUAGUAUUGCAUCACCUUAUUUAUAUUUCCCUCCUAGAUGUGACAUUUUCUUUGGUUAGAUUAUGCAUGCCAGUAUAUUAUUAAGUAGAGUAUAUCAUUAUUAUUAUUACUGCUAUUACUCUUUUUUUAAUAUUUGAUUGCUUUCUGUACACUCAAGUAUGAUCUUAUGUUACACCUAGUUCCUUAUUGUCAGUAUGUAUGUGUGUAUGUAUAUCGCACAAUUUUUUAUUUUAUUUUUACGAUCAUUUUAUUUUGUAGUCGAUGUCUGCCCAGUAUUUAUUUCGACCACUUUCGUCCGGCCUUGUUUUACGUUACGCACCUUGUAUAAUAGUUCCUUAAGGCUCGUAUCCUCAGAUGCAUCGCCGCUCCCCUGUCACACACAAGUACUUCCUUAAGGCUCGUAUCCUUAGACGCAUCGCCGCUCCCCUGUCACACACAAGUACUUCCUUUAGGCUCGUAUCCUCUGACGCAUUGCCACUCUCCCACCCAUGACACACAAAUACCAGUUCCAUGGACCGCUGAGAAAAUCAUCCGGGUUUUGAUGAUUUGUUUCUGUCCAUGGCAUCACCAGGAUCACAAAACAGCCUGAGAAAAUCAUAAUAAUUUCCCCCAGAGAGCUUUUUUAUUAUGCAUCACAAAAUAGCUCGUCAAGAAGAUCCCAAUCAUUCCCCCAAAGAGCAUUUUUCACUGAUCCCAAAACAAAGAUUACCCGGGUUUUGAUGUUUUUGUUUCUGUCCAUGGUGACACCAGAAUCACAAAACAGCCUGAGAGAAUCAUGAUAGUUCCCCCCAGAGAGCUUUUUUAUCACGCAUCACAAAACAGCUCAUCAAAAAGAUCCCAAUCAUUCCCCUAAGAGGAUUUUUUUACUAAUUCCAAAACAAUGAUUAUCCGGGCUUUGAUGUUUUUGUUUCUGUUCACGGCGACACCAGGAUCACAAAACAGCCCAAGAGAAUCAUGAUAGUUCCCCCCAGAGAGCUUUUUUUAUCAUGCAUCACAAAACAGCUCGUCAAAAAGAUCCCAAUCAUUCCCCCAAGAGCAUUUUUUACUGAUCCCAAAACAAUGAUUAUCCGGGUUUUGAUGUUUUGUUUCUGUUCACGGCGUCACCAGGAUCACAAAACACCCCAAGAGGUUCAUGAUAAUUCCCCAGAGAGCUUUUUUAUCACGCAUCACAAAACAGCUCGUCAAAAAGGUCCCAAUCAUUCCCCCCAAGAGCAUUUUUCACUGAUCCCAAAACAAUGAUUAUCCGGGUUUUGAUGUUUUUGUUCCUGUCCGCGGCAUCACCAGGAUCACAAAACAGUCUGAGAGAAUCAUGAUAAUUCCCCCCAGAGAGCUUUUUUAUCAUGCAUCACAAAACAGCUCGUGAGAAAGAUCCCAAUCAUUCCCCCAAUAGCAUUUUUCACUGAUCCCAAAACAAUGAUUAUCCGGGUU